AUGCUUUCGCAUCAAGCUCAAAUGUUGCAAGAUACGGUGCGAACCACGGCGUAUCAACGUGCGAUCCUGAACAACGCGCGCGAUUUCCAAGACAAGGUGGUCAUGGACGUUGGAGCAGGCAACGGCAUCUUGAGCUUCUUUUCAGCUCAGGCGGGAGCCAAGAAGGUGUUUGCUGUGGAGGCGUCGAAUAUGGUCGAGUGUCUGCAGAAGGUGGUGGAUGCUUCCAAGACGCAGAGGCCGUCGGAAGAGGUGAGUAAGGAAGAGGAGAUGUUGGAGUUGAUGGGUGCGGGCGAUGCCGGCUUGGGAGGCGUGAGUUUUGGGACGACGAAUCCGAAAGAGACCAGGAAUGCCUGGUUGGCUGGUAGGUUGGUGCCGGUACAUUGCAAGGUGGAAGAUGUGACACCGGAGCACUUGCAGGGUCAUAGUCAAGUGGAUACGAUUGUCUCGGAAUGUUUGGGUGUGUUAUUGGUGCACGAACGCAUGUGCGAGAGCUUUCUGGAUGCUCGCGACAGAUACCUUGCUCCUGGCGGAUCCGUGUUCCCUUCUGCUGGCACUAUCUGCUUAGCGCCGUUCGAGGACAAGCAACUGUGGAACGACACGGCCAACAAAGCCAAAUGGUGGCUCAACACCAACUUUUACGGUGUUGAUGUCUCCCCCUUUGCAGCAUUGGCGUUUGAGGAGAAUUUCUCGAGCCCCGUCGUCGGCGUUUUUCCUGCCCAGUGUUUGCUCAGCGUCUCGAGUGACUACGUGAUCGAUUUCGCCACAAUCAGCAAGCACGAGUUGCAGGAAUUUACCGUGCCUGUCGAAUGGUCUUUCACCAACGCCGCAAUCGUUCAUGGCUUGGGUGGAUGGUUCGAUUUGCAUUUCAAUUCCCAAUCGGCUACGCCACCCAACGACUCGGAUACCCUUAUGGGCGAUGCGAACUCCAACACAAUGUCGCUCGCCGCUGCCCUCAAUACGAUCAAAUCUGCAUCUGCGUCUGCGUCAGCUUCAGCAACCGGAUCCAACCCAUCCUCGAUGGACGCAGUGCUAACCGCGCUCCCCACCAUCGACCCCACCACGAUUUCUGCCAAUACCAACUUCAUGACCACUUCCCCGUACGCCGAACCCACGCAUUGGCAACAAGUGCGUUUCCUCCUCCCCGAACCGCUCGCCGUCAACCGCGGUCAGAAAAUUUGUGGAAGUGUUCACUGCAAAGUCAACGACCAACGCUCGUACACCAUGACCGCUCUGUUGAGGAUCCAAAACUCGGAUGGAACCGCGGUCGAUAGUCGUGCCACCACAAGAAAGGCAGUUUGGAGGUUGGACAGGCAGACGUACUCUUGGUCAUAA